AUGGGUGCGUCAGUUUCAAAAGCAUUGGCGAGGAUCUUUGGUAAUAAAGAAAUGCGCAUCUUGAUGCUUGGUCUUGAUGCAGCUGCGAUUCUAUAUAAAUUAAAGCUUAAUCAAUCUGUAACAACGAUUCCUACAGUUGGUUUCAAUGUAGAAACAGUGACAUUCAAGAAUGUCAAAUUUAACGUUUGGGAUGUUGGCGGUCAAGAUAAAAUUCGUCCACUGUGGCGUCAUUAUUAUACUGGAACGCAAGGACUCAUAUUUGUAAUUGACUCUCAAGAUAGAGAUCGAAUAGACGAAGCUCGACAAGAGUUACAUAGAAUUCUUUCAGAUCGUGAAAUGAAGGAUUGUUUACUAUUAGUAUUUGCAAAUAAGCAAGAUUUACCGGGAGCAAUGUCUCCCGCGGAGGUAACAGAAAAACUUGGUUUACAUCGUAUGAAAGAGCGUUCUUGGUACGUUCAUCCUUCUUGCGCUACCACUGGGGAGGGUUUAUUUGAAGGAUUAAAUUGGUUAAGUCAAAACGCCAAAACAAAAUAA